CCUCGGGCAGCGGUUCAAGAGUUCUGCAGAAACGACUGGACCGGACUCUUCUUUAAAUCUUCACUGAUUGAUACCCGGCACACCCCUCACCAUCAUCAUCAUCACCAUGCGGACCAUUCUCCCGGUGCUCGUUCUGCUGUGUCUCGCCGCCGUGCUCGUUGAUGCUACGGACAACGAGGUGGUCGCAUGCGCCAAGGACUGGUUUCAUCUUCACCCGACCAGCGGCAAGUGUCUCCUGUACGUACGGAGAUGGUACAGCUGGCAGUACGCAAGGUGGUUCUGCUACUGGAAACACUCGACGCUGUUCUACCCCGAAAAUGAGAAUGAACUGACUGCAGCCCACACCGAAUUGGAUGCCAACGAUGGUUCGAGCGCUUGGCUGGGAGUUUGCAAAGUAUCCAACGGCGACUUCAUCACCUCUGACAACCAGGACUACUCGAACAUCUGGACCGGUACGACCGGGCUGACGGACUCUUCCAACCCGGUGGGAUACCUCGAGAUCCGCUCCACCACUCCGGCUUUCCAGUACUCCUACAGUUCCUGGUAUUGGUACCCGAAGAAGCGGCGCUUCAUUUGCGGGGUCGACGCCUGCCGCAUCAACUGCGAUCGCCUGUGCGCGCUGAUCGAAGCUUUUGAAACACUGUGCAUUUAACAAGCUGUCCAGUGGGGGGUCUUUCACAAAAACCUUUGUUGAAGUUAUCUCUAAGUUGGACUUAACAUUUAUGGAAAGCCGUUAGCAUCUUUGAA